AUGGGGUUGGUUUCUAUAGUUCCUGUGAGCCUCUGGCUCAUUGCGGCGGCUACGUUUGCUGUUUACCAUGCCAUUCGUGCUGUCUACCUGAUCUUCUUCAGUCCAUUGGCCGUUUUUCCAGGCUCACCAUGGGCAGCUUUGGGGGAAUAUUGGGAGGCCUAUUGGAACAUCGGCCUCAGACCUGGCCAUAAAGGCCAGACGCUGUUCAAACUUGAAGAAAUGCACAAGCGUUUAGGACCUGCAUUGCGCAUGGGCCCCAAUGAAGUGCAUAUCUACGAUCCAGCUUUCUACCACGAGCUGUAUCGACCAGGUAGUCGGUACUACAAAGAUCCAUCCAUGCACAAGGUCCUAGGAGCCCCGUCGAGCACGCUGGCCGAGAGCGACCCGGUGAGACAUAAGCAGCGAAAAGCACCACUAGAGCCACUUUUCUCUAAGAAGAACAUUCUCAGUCUGGAGCCAAUGCUGAUGGAGCAUGUUGACUACUGCUCAAAGCGAUUUGAUGAGCUUUUUGCUCAGGGAAAACCUGUAUCGAUGGAAUGGGCUUUGAAGUCUUUGGCAAUGGAUAUGGUGUCUCAGUUUGCCUUUGGUCAAUCCCUCAAUGCCCUCUCCGAUCCGGAGUUCAAGUCACUCCCUGUGCGCGUCUUCCAACAAUACCUACCCAGUCUACAUGUCAUCAAAGCUUUUCCUUUUGUGCGAUUGCUCAAUUCAUUACCACUGUGGAUUGCCAAACGCAUUUCACAUUCCGUUGAGAUGGGCCACGAGUUGGAACAGUUCGCCGCCCGUCGCAUCGAUGAGUAUAUCAACGCGGCAGCAGCAGGAAAAACCCCUAAAUUCCCUACCCUCAUGGAGCGUUUACUCAUCCCGAUUCCUGAGAAAGGCUAUGCAGUCCCGGACAAACAGGGUCUCCGUGAUGAGCUUCUCACAGUGAUCUCCGCCGGAGAUGACACCACUGGAAUUGCCAAUACAGUGACACUUUUCAAUAUCUACAAUGACCGUGAAAUCCAUGACCAUCUCCUGGCAGAGCUGAAAACUGUGAUGCCUACACCAGAUUCCCAUGUCUCAUAUCUUCAGCUCGAAGCGCUGCCAUAUCUGACAGCAGUGAUCAAAGAAGGUCUCAGAUACUCCUCUCCCGCAGCCUCCCGCACCCCCAGGCUCGUUCCGCCAGGUGGUGUUCGUCUUCCAGACGGCCGAUUCAUCCCUGCAGGAACUAGGGUCGGAAUGGCCAUUUACCAUAUCCACUACAACGAAACGCUAUUUGAGAAUCCUCGCGUGUUUGAUCCAGAGCGUUGGCUGCAAGGAUCGGAGGUGACGGCUGAGCGAGCUAAGUUCCUGGUGCCGUUUUCGCGAGGUAGUCGAUCUUGUCUAGGAAUCAAUCUGGCAUAUAUGGAAAUGUAUAUGGCUAUCGCAUAUAUUGUGCGACGAUUCGAUUUGGACCUAGUUGGGACAACCGUGGAGGACAUGAACUGGGAUGAUAUGGUCGUGCCGCAGUUCCAUGGAGAGUUCCUGGCGUUGACAAAACGGCGGGGGGAUUAG